GGGCCGCGCCAGGCACUGCCCUUACUUGUCGCGUCUGGUCGGCAGCGCGGUAUAAACAAACUGGUCCAAACAAACAACUCAUGCAACAGCCAGGAGGCCCUGUUCGCCCGACAAGGCCGCUGAAACAUUGGCCCGUGAUUGACGCCGACACCGUGGCCAAGGACACCCCUGCAAACUGUCGCUUGCCUCACAGAGCCGGUUCACGUGUCGCUGUCGCCAGGCUUUUUCUUUUUGCACCGUCGCCACACGCCGCGAAAUGGCCCAAUGGCCCCGCCGCCACAACGGCAAAACGGCCGGCGGCAUUGACGCCGGGACCUUGUGCUCCCCCUGUGCGUCGGGGCGGCUGCGUCUCGGCACAACGCGUCCGUGCCACCGCCGUCGCUGCCACGGGCCGCAUCGCGUGUGUCUGUGCCACCCGAGCUGUGGCGAUCACGUCGCACGCUCGGGCUGUCGCACACCCGUCCUGGGACCUGCCUUUUCCGGCAGCCCUGCCCGAAAUGGCAGCUGGCCACAGCGUGGCCGUCUCUGCCCUGCACAGCCCUAGAUAGCCCUAGAUAGCCCUAGCAGGGCUCGCCAUGGCCGGUGCUCACGUGCAUCGUCGCCGUCUUCCUGUCCGACCGUUGCCAGGAACAAGCGCCUUCCC